AUGGAUUUCUUCCCAGAAAACGUUCAGACGUUUCUCCAAAACCCUACAGUCGCCUUCCUUCGUACCACAACCCAAAGCCAAGUAACGGCGCAACUUGCCAACUUGCGCUCCGCUUAUGUCCAGCCCUACGUCGUUGAACCGCUCUCAAGCUUACUCACCUAUACAAACUCCGCACAAAUGCCUGACCUCGUGUCUGUAUUUAUGCUAGUCGUUAUCUUGUUUAUCUCAUUCAAGGUUCUCGACUAUGCGCGCCGCCUUGUCAUGUUUUGGGUCAUGUUGGCCUUCAGACUACUCUUCUGGGGCUCCCUAGUCGGCCUAGGCGUGUAUGUGUACCAGGUGGGAGUGGAAAAUGCCGGGAGGGAUCUUGGUUGGCUGUGGGGGGCGACGAUGGGUUUCGUGGAAGAUUUCCAAACUAAAAAUGGGAACCCCAGUGGUGGCUGGAUGCCCGGAUCCGGGUCGGGAUCGGGGAAACGGGGGUCUCGUGGGGGCUAUUGGUGA